AAGAAAAUGACCAGUAGGGGUGUGGCUGUGCCCCCCUUGUUUUCUUAAUGUUUUUGUAUCGUGCCCGCCCCCCAAUAAUUCGACUUGCUACGGCUAUGAGGCCGUUUCCUAUGCGCAUGCUCUAUGCAGCAAACUCGAUAGCCAAAAGGAAUCACCCGAAAAAUUGCUUAUCCCAGAGCCUUGUACCUUGCCGCUGGCAAUAAGGUAUGUGGGCUCUGAGAACGAGAUUGAAAUACGCUUAGAUGAAAUGGUCCGCGGAUUUGCUGUUGCCAUGCGCACAUGCGUAUCGGAUCCUUUAGGACUGCGUGUUUCCGAGGCAAUCAAUCUUGACAAAUACUUCCUGCUUCACGCUCAAUGUUUAUAUUUGGAGAAUGUUGACUCCAGACUGCUGUAAUAAAUCAACUCCUACAUCUAUAUUCUAAUUCUCGAGAGAUAACCUCCCCGUACUUGCAUAAAGUGUAUUUGCAUAGAUAUCUUUGAUACGCUGUCUUUAUUCACGAGAAAUUCCUGCCAAAUGAUCAAAUUACGUAGGUUUUGUGAUAGCUGGACACAUUGUAAAUAAUUGUGAUUGGGGGAAGCCUCUCAAAAGACAUGUUAAGCUCGCUGGGCGAAAUUCUAUUUGUCGAGAAGGACAGGAAAUUGAUCGAGUCUCCUUGCAGUCCAACGCCCGUGAGAUCGCCACGCAACGAAACUUGCGUCUACUGGAAUGAGCGUUCGAAGAAAGAAGAGCACUAUCGGUUCGUUUAGGAGAAAAAACUCAAAAUCUCCGAACUACCUGAAUUUUCCUGAUGAAAAUGGACUUUUUGGGGAUGAACGGCGAAGGCGAGUGAGCUCUAUCAGCUCUUCGAGUGAAUUCUCCAUACCUCCCUAUGAAGUUGUCCCUGCCACGAGGCCAAUUAUCGUCCUAGGGCCAUCCCUCCGUGGCUAUGAGGUAACGGAUCUAAUGCACAAGGCCCUCUACAAUUACCUCAAAAAAAGAUUCGCGGGAAAAAUCAAUAUCUACAAGACCCAUGCAGACAUCGGUCUAUCGAAAAGGUCCUCAAAGUCAAAUCCGAAUGAGAAAGAGCGGUUUAACCUGGUAAAGAGUGGAGGCCAGCGGGUGACAGCUGAAGUCCAGAGGGAAGUAGAGAGGAUCUAUGAGCUGACCAAGAGCCUUAAUCUGGUGGUGAUUGACAGUGAAGCCAUCAACCAUCCGUCCCAGCUGACCGACUGCUCGCUGGCUCCCGUUGUAGUGUACAUCAAGAUGCCCCCAGACAUCCUACAGAAAUUGAUCAAACUGAGGGGACGCAACCGCAAAAACAUGGGCGUCCAGGUGGUCGGCACGCAAAAGCUCACGCAGUGCAACGACGAGAUGUUUGACCUGAUUCUUGACGAGGCCAUAUUUGAAGAUGCGUGUGCACACCUGGGCGAGUUCUUAGAUCAGUAUUGGCGCGACCUGCACCCAGAUGACCCUGAAGAGCUCCGUAAGAUGAUCAUCAAUGGGGCCGACUUUCCGGACAGACCCAACCCUCUAAUCUCUAGCAUGUCCGGACGGCACAAGUCGGCGUAUGAUCGCAGACAGAGCGUCGCACCUCCGCGGGCACCGGACCCAGAGAGAGUACUCGCCUUACAGCCCGCCACAGCAGCAAGACAGAGCGUGUCGAGUAACGAAAGCGGACCCGCAAACAAGAACUCGAUUCGCCGACAGAGGCAGGGCGAGAAGGAGGUCCAUGGCAUGGCGCGUGUAUCCGAAGCUCGAGGCCUUAUGCCAGGUAACCAAUACGCGGGCGGUGAAAUCCCCCCUGAGUACCAAGGCUACGAGGACGAAGCACAGUAUGGGUACGAUCAGUCCUAUUGCGCUGAGCAGGGCUACGAACAGGGCUUUGACUACGCAGCAGAAAACCCAUACGGAUCGCCCAUGGCUCUGCAAGACUACAGUAGCACGGGUCAGUACGAUCCUAACCAGUACGGGGCCGAAAUAUACGAGGGGCAAUAUCAGGAGGGCGGGGACUAUCAGUAUAAUGCCGAGCUCGGGUACCAGCAGGAUUACAGCCCCGAGUAUGACAGUCAGCAGUAUGGGCAGGAGCCCCAGUACGGCUACCAGGCAGACAGUAGCGGGCCACUCCAGGGAGGGCUCCCGUACCACGCCCAGGGGUAUGGGUCAUACGACGAGAGGUACCCGGUCGCCGACGGGGGAUAUUACUGACACACAUGUAAAAAUAACAAAGGAUUAGAGAAGACAUAUUAUCCCAAGAAGAAUGGCCAAGCGAAAAAUAUUUGUUUUGAUGCACAGAAUCAUGAGAUUAAGCACGAUUUCGCUUCCGAACAUCCUAUCGACAAGUGCCAAGCUGAAUAAGACAUAGUUAAAAUAGCAUCAAAGUAGUUAGAAAAUAAGGAUUUUCAAGCUAUAGCGUCAAGGUUGGCUCAUCCUCCAAGGUUGACUUCGCUACGACAUUUGUUUCGAUGCUUUGAAUCAUGAAAUACAAGUCUCGCGUCAUAUCAUCCUAUCGCCAAAGACCAGGCUAAUUACGUUAAAGAAUGUCAAUCGGCCACUAGUAUGUUAUCAUUUACAUUUGAAAAUACGAUGGUCUAUUCGCAAGGAAACUUGAAAAUAACCAUCCACGGAAGUCUGUUACUUUUUGAACGAUAUCUGAUUUGAAAGUAUCUCCGUUUGCCGAUGGAAAUGGACGCUUUGGUUAAUGUGCAAGAGCGGAAAAUGGAGGCGUGAUUGGCCUUUUUUAAAGGUUGCGAAGACGCGACGUCAAUUUCAACCUUUACAUAAAAAUGGUGUACAAAAUUGUUAAAUAGUAGAAAUCAUAGAAUAAUAUCGACUUAGGUCAUAAGUAAAUGAGAAACACAAGAGCCAAUCUUAGCCCUACUGUAGAUGGCACGAUUCAGAAUAUUUAAUGAUGAAUAGAAUCAUUAACUAUUCAUUAACUUAUAUUCAUGAAUUUGCAAGAUUUAUUUUUAUUUUUUCGGUAUUUAAUUUUUACAUUCGAAGACCGCCAGUACCUUAAGGCCAAGAAAAAAAAAAACAGCAAAAGAUAAAUAAAAAAAUAUAGGCUGAAUCGGCACCAUAGCAUUAUUCGCCACAAAUUCCCCUUCACGCGUGUAGUACAAUAUAUUAAAAUUGACAGUCUAAAUUCCACUCUUGAUCAAUUAUCGCAUUCUCCUUACCGCUAUUGAUCUAUUACCGCAUUCUCCUUACAGAAUGGACCUGCAUGGAGAAGUACUUGAAAGAAAAAAAAUGGCAGAUCCUUUGAAUGCAUACUGAUAAUAAAAUUAGCUACAUCGAUA